AGCAGAGUUGGAGCCACUUUGGGACAACCGGAACAAAACUAAACUAAAAUAUUAAAAUUUAACUGAGAACGGAGCGGAGAAUGGAGUUCCGGGCCUUAAAGACCCGGAAGAAGGCUUGAUUAGAAUGAAGGGGCGAAGCCCUCCUUUUAUAGGAGAAAUUUUCGGUCCAGACCUUUGACAGGCGUGGGCCUGAGGUCCAAGCGCACGCCUGUGCUGAAAAGGGAGGAGGUGCGGCUGAUGUGCUGGUUUUGCAAAUCAAAGGAUUAUGGAGUAUACUACGUAUUUCUUUUGUUUCUUCAUGCGUCACUCCACUAACUCCUUUCUAUCUUUCUUUCUUUUUUUUUUCUUUAAUUCAUGGAGAUCCACCCACUUGCUGCUGGCGUGCUGCUACAUUGCUGCCACACUUGGCCGGCCAGCCAGGUUGCGCCACGUGGCACCUGGUUGGUCGGAUUUUGAUCUGGUCCGAAAUAUUUUUUCCAAAAAUGCUAUCUUGCUCAAAAUUUUAUUCUGAACAACUUUUCCUUCUGCACUAACUUCAAAUUCCGAACAAAUCUCUUUGCUCCGUUGCAUUCCAUUUGCACAAUCUUUUACACUUUUUGUACCACUUUUGAUUCAAUUUUUAUUCUUUUUAUAACAAGACAUAACUUUUGUACACUUUUGCAAUUAUGAAUAAAAGAUAUAAAAACCAUUGAGAAAUUGAUUUGUUUAAUCCAAAAUUGGACCACAACACAUUAAAUAUAGAGAAGAUAAGUGCUUACAAAAUGGACAUAUCAAUAUCCUUAACAAUACACAUCAUUUUCAUAAUUAUCAAUAUAUUCAUUUUCAUUUUUCAUAAUCAUCAAUCUAUUCAUUUUCAUCAAUAUAUUCAUUUUUAAUCAUCAAUAUCCUUAACAAUACACAUCAUUUUUAUCGUCAUAAAUCAUAUAAGGUUCUUUAGUUGUCCAAACAUCAUUUUUUUCUCUAAAAAUAUUGUUUUUAUAUUGAUGUAUCAAAAAUAGGAUUUUAUAUCUUCAAAAAUAGCAUUUUCGGACUUAAAAUGUUCGUAACGGUCGACCCUUGGAUCCGCACAGUUGUUCGUAUCGCUCUGGAAACCGCCCGAAAAACGAGUUACUAUUCAUCAUCUUCAACCUUCGAUCCAAUUUCUCAAAACACCAUAAAAGCUUCUAAGCUUUAAACAAACUUUAUAAAAAUGUUUUCUAAUGUCCAUAGAUCAUACACAAAUGAUUUAUUUGAAUCUUUAUCAACAAAACAAAUUUGGUGAUUGUGAAUAUCAAAAUAUUUAUAUUUCUAAAUAUAUAUGAAUCAAUAAGUUCAAGGAUCAUUCCAAUGCCUUCUAAAGUGGUUUAAAAUCAUGGUACAGACCUGGAAAUCAACGAGAUGAAGUUCAACGAACGAACGGGAGAGAAAACAACACCGGAAAUCUUAAAAUUCGCCACUUCCCGUCACCACUGUACCAGCCCUGGUUUUUGGGUCAUAUCUCCAUUACUCAACGAAAUCACGAACCGUUUGAAGCUACGGAUUUGUAAGACAUAAGGAUACAACUUUUGUUUAGAAACCAGAUUAAAAUAACAAAGUUUAGAUGAUGUAAAAAUGCUCACAAGUGGGCUGAUUUGCACAGUGGAUGUUUUCUUCAUUCAACUUUCCGGGGCAACUUCUGGCAAGAACCGUGGCUACCUCCGGAGGCGGUAGGAUUUGUUGGCUCGAUUUUGAAUGGCAUUGGGGGAUUUGAUGGCAUCCAGGUUCUCGCAGUCGUCUGCCACAGUUGUUUCAAGCCACUUGGAGGACUAUACCGAUCAAGAGGACAGGGAGACCGGGAGUAGCAACCAGAAUAGAAUUAGGGACUCUUUGGAGGCAGCUCCUAGUAGUUAUGGGGGCAGUGCUGACAAUGCCUCCACUUCGAUGACGACGACAACCAGCAUGGCAUAUCUGCCACAGACUAUAGUGUUCUGCGAGCUUCGGCACGAUGGCUUUGAAGAAUGCGUGCCUUCUGGACAAUUGGAAAGGGGUCUGGUUUCCAAAUGGCGUCCAAGGGAUCGAUCUGUUUUACCUCAGUUUUUGUCGCAGAUGAAAACGGGAUGUGUUGCUCUUGUGUUGUGCUUAAACAUUAGUGUUGAUCCUCCUGAUGUAAUCAAGAUAUCACCUUGUGCUCGCAUGGAAUGCUGGAUUGAUCCAUUUUCAAUGGCCGCACAGAAAGCACUUGAAACAAUUGGGAGGACUUUGAACCAGCAAUAUGAGAGGUGGCAGCCUAAGGCCCGCUAUAAAAUCUCACUGGAUCCCACCGUUGAUGAAGUUAAAAAAUUAUGCACAACAUGUCGUAAAAGUGCCAAGUCCGAAAGAGUUCUUUUUCAUUAUAAUGGACACGGUGUACCGAAGCCAACUGCAAACGGUGAAAUAUGGCUAUUUAAUAGGAGCUAUACACAAUAUAUCCCUUUGCCGGUCAGUGACCUGGAUUCAUGGUUGAGAACCCCAUCUAUAUAUGUUUUUGAUUGCUCCGCAGCUGGAAUGAUUGUUAAUGCCUUCAUAGAGCUUCAGGACUGGAAUGCUUCUACUUCUUCUGGGGGUUCGAGGGAUUGCAUUUUGCUUGCUGCAUGUGAAGCACAUGAAACUCUUCCUCAAAGUGCUGAAUUUCCUGCUGAUGUAUUUACUUCAUGCCUCACGACACCAAUUAAAAUGGCACUGCGAUGGUUUUGCAAUCAAUCUUUGUUGCGUGACUCACUUGAUUAUUCACUCAUAGAUAGAAUUCCCGGUCGACAGACUGACCGGAAAACACUUCUUGGGGAACUGAACUGGAUAUUUACAGCAGUUACAGACACAAUUGCUUGGAAUGUUCUUCCCCAUGAUCUGUUUCAGAGAUUGUUCAGGCAAGAUCUAUUAGUUGCGAGUUUGUUUCGAAAUUUCUUACUAGCUGAAAGAAUUAUGCGCUCUGCAAAUUGUUCACCAAUUUCAUUCCCGUUGUUGCCACCAACUCAUCAGCAUCAUAUGUGGGAUGCAUGGGACAUGGCUGCUGAAAUUUGCCUCUCUCAGCUUCCAGCAUUAGUUGAGGAUCCCAAUGCCGAGUUUCAACCUAGUCCAUUUUUCACUGAGCAGUUGACAGCUUUUGAGGUUUGGCUGGAUCAUGGAUCCGAGCACAAGAAACCUCCUGAGCAGUUGCCUAUCGUGCUUCAGGUGUUACUUAGUCAAUGCCACCGGUUUCGUGCUUUGGUGCUUCUUGGAAGAUUUUUGGACAUGGGCCCUUGGGCUGUUGAUCUGGCAUUAUCUGUUGGUAUAUUUCCAUAUGUUUUGAAGCUUUUGCAAACGACCACUCCUGAACUUAGGCAAAUUCUUGUCUUUAUAUGGACAAAGAUUCUUGCACUUGAUAAGUCUUGCCAGGUUGAUCUUGUAAAGGAUGGCGGGCAUACAUAUUUCACCAGAUUUCUUGAUAGUAUUGAUGCCUAUCCAGAACAGCGGGCUAUGGCUGCAUUUGUUUUAGCUGUCAUUGUGGAUGGUCACAGACGGGGUCAGGAAGCCUGUAUUGAAGCCGGCCUUUUACAUGUCUGCUUAAGACAUCUUCAGGGAUCAGCAUCAAAUGAUGCACAAACUGAACCUCUUUUCCUUCAGUGGUUGUGCCUAUGUCUUGGAAAACUAUGGGAAGAUUUCACUGAGGCACAAGUGAUUGCUAUACAGUCAGAUGCACCUGUGAUAUUUGUACCUUUACUUUCGGCACCCCAACCUGAGGUUCGAGGUGCUGUUGUGUUUGCACUAGGCACUUUGCUAGACAUUGGGUUUGGCACAUCCAAUGAUAGUGUUGGCGGAGAUGAAGAUAGUGACAUUGAUGAAAAAGUCAAGGCUGAAGUUAGUAUUCUUAAGAGCCUUAUGAGUGCUGUCUCUGACGGAAGCCCAUUGGUUAGAGCUGAGGUUGCCGUAGCUUUGGCACGCUUUGCAUUUGGGCAUAAUAAGCACCUGAAGUCUGUUGCAGCCUCAUAUUUGAAGCCUCAAAACAAUUCUGUGCUUACAUGUUUGCCUUCUUUUGCUGUCAAGAGUUCAGGCAGUGGAUAUACAACUCCAACACAUUAUGUGCCUCAUGGAAGUAUCAUUCCAUCUCCGAGAGCUCCAUUAUUGAGAGUUGGAGGUGAAAACCAAUCUACCAUUCGGGAUGGGAGAGUCUCUAGUAGCAGCCCCCUUGCUGCACCAAGUAUUAUGCAUGGGUCUCCCUUGUCUGAUGAUUCAUCUCAACAUUCUGAUUCUGGCUUAUUAAAUGAUGCCAUUAGCAAUGGCAUUUUAGACCAUACAAGACCACUAGAUAAUGCAUUGUAUUCUCAGUGUGUGUUAGUUAUGUGUACCCUGGCAAAGGAUCCAUCACCACGCAUUGCUGGCCUUGGUCGGCGUGUUCUGUCCAUAAUCGGUAUUGAGCAAGUGGUUGCCAAAUCUGUCAAGUCUACCAGUGAAUUUUCUGCAGCUCCUAGCACUAGUUUUGCAGGACUGGCUCGGUCGUCUUCAUGGUUCGACAUGAAUGGAGCCGGUCAUCUGCCUUUAACAUUCAGAACUCCUCCUGUUAGCCCUCCUCGUGCCAGUUACAUGACUGGACUACGAAGAGUUUGUUCACUUGAGUUCAGACCACACUUGAUGACCUCUCCAGACACUGGGUUGGCUGACCCACUUCUGGGCUCAGGUGGACCUUCUGGAACGUCUGAGCGCAGUUUCCUUCCACAAUCUACCAUAUACAAUUGGAGCUGUGGCCACUUCUCAAAGCCACUUCUUACUGCAGCUGAUGACGGUGAAGAGAUAAUCAGUAGAAGAGAAGAGAGGGAGAAGAUGGCCCUCGACUUGAUCACAAAGUGCCAACACUCUACCGUGAGCAAGCUCCAUAACCAAAUUGCAAGCUGGGACACCAGAUUUGAAACUGGCACAAAAACUGCCAUCUUGCAGCCAUUCUCGCCAUUUGUAAUUGCUUCAGAUGAGAGUGAAAGAAUCCGGGUGUGGAAUUACGAGGAGGCAACCCUGCUUAACAGCUUUGAUAAUCACAGCUACCCUGACAGGGGAAUCUCAAAGUUGUGCCUUGUGAAUGAGCUCGAUGAGAGUUUGCUUCUUGUUGCUUCAAGUGAUGGCAACAUUCGCAUUUGGAAGGAUUAUGCAUCAAGAGGCCGACAAAAGUUGGUCACUGCAUUCUCUUCAAUUCAGGGUCACAGAGUGGGUAUGCGUAGUGUGAAUGCUGUGGUGGAUUGGCAGCAGCAAUCUGGUUGCCUGUUUUCAUCCGGUGAAAUUUCAUCAAUAAUGGCUUGGGAUUUAGACAAAGAGCAGCUUGUACAUACCAUUCCAUCAUCCUCAGACUGCAGCAUUUCUGCAUUGUCUGCCUCUCAGGUUCAUGGAGGUCAAUUUGCAGCUGGUUUUGUGGAUGGAUCUGUUAGGCUCUUUGAUAUCAGAAUGCCAGACAUGCUUGUUGCUACAACUCAACCACACACCCAGAGAGUAGAAAGAGUUGUGGGAAUUGGAUUUCAGCCUGGACUACAACCAGCCAAGAUUGUGAGUGCGUCUCAAGCUGGUGAUAUUCAAUUCCUUGAUGUGAGGAACGUGAAGGAUGCAUAUCUAACAAUUGAUGCCCACCGGGGAUCACUGACAGCUUUGGCUGUUCAUCGGCAUGCUCCACUCAUAGCCAGCGGCUCAGCUAAGCAACUCAUCAAGGUGUUCAACUUGGAGGGCGAGCAAUUAGGCACCAUACGCUAUCUGUCCACCUUCAUGGCACAAAAGAUUGGAUCUGUUAGGUGUCUUGCGUUCCAUCCUUACCAAGUCCUCCUUGCAGCCGGUGCUGCAGAUUCUUGUGUCUCUCUCUAUGCCGAUGAGCUUUCUCCUCCAAGAUGAGUACAAACCAUCACAAGGUCGGACGUGCUUUGAAUAUAUUUAUGUGACGAUUAGGUCCCUUGCCCCAUUUGUGUAUGUUUAUCAUAUUCGUUGAGCCUCCAUGACACACGCUACGUGCCUACAUGAACGUGAAGCUCGGUGGGUUAAUUGACGCUCGUCAUCCAGGAGGCUUAUCUAAUAAUAAUUUGAUGCAUAGGUAAAGAAAGAUGUAAAUAUCUCUCUUUUGUUUGUUAUUUAAUUCUUGUUGGUUUAGUGCUGUUUUUCUUCUGAAUAUUUAAACCCUUUUCAUCUGUAUAGAUCAAAACUGGUCUGGACCUAUAUAUAUAAUUCAAUUCCAUUCCCCAAAGAAACUUGUAAUUUUUUU